UCAUUAGGCUUCAGCAGUGAGGUGUCCACUCCAGAAACAGACAGAAAAAUGCCCUUGCACAAAUCUAGCUCUGAAGAUGGAUCUGGAGGUAAAUGGGACAACAAGAAGAAGAACAAAUCUUUUUGGCAGAACUUCCGCAAGUCUCAGCACAAACCAGUAGUGCGUCAGACAUCCAAAGGAGAAGACAUAGGCUAUGUGGCCAGUGAGAUCACCAUGAGUGACGAAGAGCGAAUUCAACUAAUGAUGAUGGUGAAAGAGAAGAUGAUCACCGUUGAAGAAGCUCUAGCUCGGCUGAAGGAGUAUGAGCGCAGCAGGCAGUCCAGCAGUACUGACACUGCAGAGUGGACUGACAGAACUGCGACCAAUCUAAACCAGUCCUCAAACUGCAACUCCCGUGAACAGUCAGACGAUGAGCAAUCGGAGGACUCUGUGAAGUUCAAACGGCUUCACAAGCUGGUUAACUCUACACGCCGGGUCAGGAAAAAACUCAUCAAGGUGGAGGAGGGCAAGAAACACGGCUCUGAAGAUUUUCUGAAUCUGGAGGCACCGCCGACCUGUGAGGACAACACAGCUCUCUAUACAGGGGUUCUAAAGAAGCCCCCUUUGCCCCAGGAGAUCUCUCUGCCCUCCCUCACCCAGGAUCAACAAUCUCUGGAUGGGGACACAGACAGUCUGACCAACUCCCCUUCCUCAAGCAGCCUGGACACCUGGUCUGGACACAAGCUGGUCAAAACCUUCAGUAAAUCUUCCAGUACCCACGGUCUCAUCCGGCCCCCCAAGAGAACCCCAGUUGGCUCCGGGGGCUCUGUCUCUGGUGUGGGAGGGAGUGGCUCAUCCUUCUCAGAACUGGAUGGCUGUGGAUUGGACGACGAAGGAAAGCUGUCACGCUCGACGACUGACGGCGAGAUGCGGAAGGCCCUGAGCUCAAUCUCCCAUGGGAGAACGUGCAGCUUCGGAGGUUUUGACCUGUCCAACCGUUCGCUCCAUGUGGUCAACACAGGCUCGGAUGCCAAUAGUAAAGAACAGGAGGCUAUAUACAGAGAAGUGGUCAAAUCCCCCACUACAUCUCGGAUCUCACUGGGCAAGAAGGUCAAGUCAGUCAAAGAGACAAUGAGGAAACGCAUGUCGAAGAAGUACAGCAGCUCCUUAUCUGAGCAGUCCAGUCCGGAUGGAGCCCCUGGCUCCCCUCAGUCCCCUCAGCCUGACACCGACUCUCUGGAGAAGCCGAAACUUAAGGCCGGAGGCUCGGUGGAAAGUCUGCGUAGUUCACUCAGCGGACAGAGCUCAAUGAGUGGUCAGACAGUGAGCACCACUGACUCAUCAGCCAGUAACAGAGAAAGUGUGAAGUCAGAGGAUGGUGAUGAUGAAGAGCCGCCUUAUAGAGGACCGUUCUGUGGCCGAGCCAGAGUCCACACAGACUUCACCCCCAGCCCCUAUGACACAGACUCCCUCAAACUGAAGCGUGGCGAUGUGAUUGACAUCAUCAGUAAGCCACCCAUGGGAACGUGGAUGGGCCUGCUGAACAACAAAGUGGGCACCUUCAAGUUCAUCUAUGUGGACGUGCUGAGUGAAGAAGAGGAGAAGCCCAAAAGGCCCGUGAGGAGAAGGAGGAAGGGUCGACCACCAAAACCCACAUCAGUGGAGGAGCUGCUGGAGCGCAUCAACCUCAAGGAGCACAUGCCCACUUUCCUGUUCAACGGCUACGAGGAUCUGGACACGUUCAAGUUGCUGGAAGAGGAGGACCUGGAUGAGCUGAACAUCAGAGAUCCUCAGCACAGAGCCGUACUUCUCACCGCUGUAGAGCUGCUACAGGAGUACGACAGCAGCAGUGAUCCAGAGCGCAGCGGCCUGUCGGGCUCCCAAGAGAAACUGCUGUCUGAGGGACAGGGCAUGGUGGGAGACUCCCCACGUGACUCCGGGUGCUACGAGAGCAGUGAGAACCUAGAGAAUGGUAAGAGCAGAAAGGCUUCUCGUUCCAGUCGUUCUUCAGCAGGCCUCCAGUCUCCAGACUACCCCACCCUGCCCAUGACCCUUUCAACAGAAGCUCUGCAGCAGAACAGCAAGAACCAGCGCUCAAAGUUCCCAAAAAGCUUCUUCAUCAAACCCUCCCUGAAGGCCUUUAAUCUGCUAGGACUGCGCAAAGCCCAGAGACAGUCCCCAAUCCUGGCUAGCCGCAGUUGUGAGGACCUGGAUGGACCCCCACAACCUACUGGACCCUGGAAACGCUCCCACUCUCUGGGUGAUCUGCAAUGGGAGCAGAGCUUUGAGCAGAAGGAUCUGGGUAUGGAGCUUAAACUCACCAAGGAAGGACCCAAAUCAGGCAACAGUAGCCCCACCAAGGUCUGUAGAGAUGAGGGUUCCCCAGCUCGGAAAAGGACUCCAACAGUGAGCCCAAAAGGUAGGGCCGACAGACCACCUGUGCCCUCCCAGCUGCCUCUCCACCCUCCUUGUCGCACAUCCCACUAUCCCUACCCUGCAGAACCUCUCUCCAGUCCUACUCCAAGUCCCCCUGAGUCUAAUGUGAGUGGGGACAGGGUCACCUGGACUCACCCCAAAAAGCCCCCAGUCCCUCCUCCUGUUCCUGCUAAGAAGUCUAGGGAAAGACUAGCUAACGGCCUACGUCACCCCCCGCUCUCCCUACCCUCCUCACCCUCUCCCACUCCCUCCCCUACUCACUCCCUCACACGUUCUCACCCCAGUAGCCCUAUAAUCCGCGGCAGCAGCCACAGCCCCAGUGCCCCUGCUCUGCCUGCCAAGACCCCAAGCACCCCCACCAGCCCCUGUGCCACCUCAUCCGCCUUGUCCAUGGGCGAGGAGUCAGGCACCCCAUCAGCAGUGCAGCCUCCAUGGUUAUCAGAUCUGGGGGGCAAGGUGGCUGUUGCAAGGAAGGUUUCCUAUGCCAAGAUGAGUCCUGACCUGCUCACCCUCCUGGAACAACGGCUGGAGUCUGAGGGCAUCGAUCUUACGGAGGAGCCCUACUCUGACAAGCAUGGCCGGUGUGGCAUCCCCCAACCGCUGGUGCAGCGUUACUCAGAGGACUUGGAUCAGCCUGUCAAAGAGGUGGCCUCCAUAAUGGACCAGUUCCGAGUCAAAGAGCUCCGUAAACAACACCGUAUGGCUAUACCUUCAGGAGGUUUGACAGAGAUGUGCCGGAAGCCUCUGCCCUCGGGUCACAUCAGCACAGUCUCUGAUUGGCUCACCUCCAUCGGCCUGCCCAUGUACACCACAUCUCUGGCGGCGGCGGGAAUUGACAAGCUGAGCCAUGUAGGCUUGUUAACAGAGAGCAGUGUGUGGGAGGCAGGGGUGCGGGAUGAAAGACAUGCCCGCCGACUGGUUAGCGAGGCACGAUUGGUCAGCGCGCACAGAGAGGUGCAGUCCUAACCAUGUUGGUGGAGUCAUGUAAAAUAACCGGUAUCAACUCACUGGUCAGUACCAUCUCAUUUAAACAUGGUCAGUAGGUGACCAAGGCAAAUUGGCCACAGGACACGACGACCACAGCACUACAGUACUUCCUGUCUCGCACGUGUCAAAAGACUCAUAGUGAGCCACCCUGCUCCCUGAUUUUCUCUCUUAAUAACGCUGUCUUUUCUCAAAUGUUUACGCCAUUGAAGAGUACUACAGCGAGGACAAGAUAUCAAUUGCCUUUAAAAAAAAAAUAAAAUAAAAAAUGACUGUACACUCACUCUGUGGGAUGGCUUCCAUUCUGAAGACACAUGCGAAGUCUAAAAAUAAAGACUUGGAUCUGCCUUGAAGGAAGAUUGCACACUCUUUUGUAGGAUGGAUGUUUUUUAAAUACAGAAAAGACAGUUUCUUCCUGCAUAUUUCAUAAGUGCUUCAUUUUCAUCUUUUGUGGCAAGGCAACAUUUAUUUGAGGGUCUUUUAAGGAAAUAGCUCGGCCAAAGCGAUUCACUUCUCAUUCAGCGUUUCAUUCCCUCUAAUAGGUUCAUAAUGACGAUGAAAGAAUUCACUUAAUAUCUGGACUUUUAAUUAACUAAAUACAUACACCAAACUAUGAGUAACUGGUGGUUUUGAGAUGGCUUAUUUUGUAUCAUGUUUCUGUAUUAUAGCAUAACACAUAUCUGAAAUAUAAAAUGAUUAAUAUGUUAAAAUUUGUGUUUGCCUUUUGAAUGUUGCAGCCUUAUUUUUGGGGCCAGCUCUCAGUCAUUGCUAAGCUGAAACAGCUGACAUCACACCUUUUUAUUUCAUAUUAUACAGUGUGUCCUGUUUCACUGCAUAUGCUGGAUGCACGCCCUGCUCCGAUAUGAAUGAGUCUUACAGAAAGCUCUGUUUUACUCCAGUAAUCACAAUCUGCUUUCACAGCAACAAUACAUUCCCUGUGUAUCCAAGCACAUAUUAAGUUGCCUUAUCAUGAAAUAGAACAUAUGUAUAGUAUUAACUAUACCAUGACUGAGGCUAAAGUGUGCUGACGGUGCAAGCCUUUUUGUUCUGAAUGUGUCUAAGUCUGAGAAAGAGUAGAGAUUUUAUGAACACACAUUCCACCAGAUCAUUUCAGUGGUGCACAUGGAUGUGGACCGCGAAAAACAUGCCUCUGAUGGAUUGUGUUGUGGAGCUCAGAUGAUAAACCACAAAACCACAUGUUUAACAUCCCAACUCAUUCACUGUACAUGUUCCAUACAGUGGGUUGUGGGACUAGGGAGGAAGGAGAAAAUAAAAAUGUUCCAAAGACCCAGCUGACAUCUGGGUUGUCAUAUUUGGAAUUUAUGGAACUGUCUACACUUUGGUUACAGAGUUGAGGAUUUUGAUUUAUAGUUUGAUAAUACGCUGUUUGGGACUUUUAAAUCAUAGUCUAUCGUAGCUAUAAUCAAUGCUGGUCUGAAAUUCUUAAAUGGACUUUUGCCAAACACACUGAGAAUAGAUAGUAUGAACAGUUAUAUCAGGUGAUAGCAGACCUCCAAGGUCAGCAUACACUAUGACACUAAAUAAGUCUUGCAAAUCAGGGAAACACUGCAUAGGGUCAGCCUGUUACAAAAACUAUGGGCCAAAAAGUGAACUGAAAAUAAGCAGGAGUUCUGUCUUUCGUAGAAGACUUAUUCCAUGGAUUUCAUAUUUAAAAAGUGUUAUUGAAAAUCAAGAAUUAGAGGAUUUUUUUUUUGUGCGGUCGGCAUUUUAUAGAUAGACGUUUGAUGCCUUUUUUCUCUUCAAUCAAAGUGGUGCUCUGAGAAUGCGAGGAUGGGGGUCGGUAUUAACAAAAAUUAAAAGACUCAUUUAGUGUUUUGUAAAGAAUGAAAAUACUGACACUGUAAAUGCACUUUAGAGGGUAAAUCUAGCUGUCCAAUAGGCAAAAUUGGCUACAUUUUGUUCACGAGUCUAUAAGGACAUUUGUUGUCAGGUAUUAUAAAGGGUUUCAAUGGGUUAUGCUGGUAUUUUAUUUUAGUAUUGAGUUCCCAGUGCCAAGUUUAAUAACCAUUCACGGGUUAACCUAUUCCAGUUAUUCGCUUCACAACAAUAAAUUCUUAAUUACAUAUAUGAAAUGCUUAGCAGAAGUUGCACAUUCUGUAUAUGUAAUUGAUAUUUAAAUAACUUAUUUUAGCUUUUUUUCAUAUCAACUGUAAUUAGCUGUACUAUAUCAAUAGCAAUACCUUCCUGCAUAAUGCAUAUUGCUUUAGCCAGUGAGGAACUACAGUAUGUAUUGUAAAAUAUGUGUACAAAUUAUUUUAUUUGGUUUUCAUCUACCUAAUGAUUGUCCAUACAGAUUUGCUUGUGUAUUGAAACAACAAAAGUAAUGUCCAUAGCUAUUUGUCAUUCUGAAAUAUAAUAAAAACUGUUUCUUGCCAUA